CACGAAAAUGGAGAUAUGCGGCUCUGACAAAAGGCAAACGUACAGAGUUGCUGACACAAGAAGACCAAGAAGCCGCAGAAUGCUUAUUGUGGGUCUUUGCACAAAAUGAAUACUACAGCAGUGAGAAGGCAGCACUCAAGAAGGGUCACCGUAUAGAUAGAAAGGACGAGUAAAGCUGUAUGGAGGAACUAAUCCUUUAGUAUUGCCGAAAGAAAGCCGUAUCACCAUGCUGAUUGUGUACGAUGUACAUGCGAGGUUCCAUCACGCUAAUCACGAGACGGUUGUGAAUGAGAUGAGACAGCAGUUCUGGGUACCACGCAUCAGGGCGGUGGUGAGAAGGGUUCGAAAUUCAUGCCAGAAAUGUAAAAAUCGACGUGCCAAGCCCUGGCCACCACAAAUGGCGUGUUUACCGAGUCCGAGGCUGGCGGCUUAUCAACCACCAUUCACAUGCACUGGCGUGGAUUAUUUUGGACCGCUUCUCGUGACGGUCAAGAGAAGCACCGAGAAACGAUACGGCGUGCUAUUUACAUAUCUGACUACGAGAGCAAUCCAUCUUGAAGUAGCGUAUUCACUAACUACAGAUUCUUGUAUUCUAGCUAUUCGCAACUUCACCAUGGUCCGUGGACAGCCAAGGGAGCUGUGAAGUGACAAUGCUAUGAAUUUUCAAGGCGCUAAUACCGAACUCCAACAGGUAAUGGAGACGCUUGACGCAGGGAAGAUAGCAGAAAAAUUCACUGGGCCCAGAAUGAAAUGGAAGUUCCUACCGCCUGCUUCGCCACAUAUGGGUGGCACAUGGGAGCGAUUGGCAGCACUUAUGGAAGUGCAGAUGAUAGUGCACUCACGGCCACUAACAUACAUACCAGUGGAUGACGAAAACGAGGAGGCGCUUACGCCUAACCACUUCCUGCUAGGAAGUUCCAAUGGGCAGAAGCCAGAAGUACAAACGCAACCUGAAGGUAUACUCAUGAAGAACAACUGACUUACAGUGCAGCAAAUGGCAGAUGAAUUUUGGCGAAGAUGGCUGCGCGAGUAUCUACCUGACCUGACUAGACGAAGCAAAUGGUACGAGAAGGUCAAGCCAAUAGAGGUGGAUGAUAUUGUGUAUAUUUGCGAUCCCGACAGCCCAAGGGCUCACUGGCCGAAAGGAAAAGUAAUUGCA